CCAAAGAUGAGGAAGACCCAUACCUUGUUCUUCUCACUACUCCUGGUGUGCGUGUCACUCACAGUCGAUGGCUCCCAGGAGGAUCAGCUCACGAGGUUUAUCCAAUCCAAGGCCAAGAAGAGCCACACUGUCAGGGCGACUAGCGCAAUCGGGCCUGCGGAAAACGACCCAUGGGCCGACCCCAGCAGCUUCAGCCACCUUCCCUCAAAGUGCCCGAUCCCGCCGGCCGGCACAAAGGAAGCAGACAAGAUCAUGGCGCUGCCCGGACAGCCACCGCGCGUUAACUUCGACGAGUACUCCGGCUAUGUCACGGUGAGCGAGGUGCACUUCCGCGAGCUCUUCUACUACUUCGUCGAGGCCCCCUACGAGGCCGCCUCCAAGCCGCUCAUCCUAUGGCUCAACGGCGGGCCUGGAUGCUCGUCACUCGGCUACGGGGCAUUUCAAGAGCUUGGGCCGUUCCGUGUGAACCCUGACGGGAAGACACUCAGCAGGAACAAGCACGCCUGGAACAACCUGGCUAACGUGAUCUUUCUGGAGUCACCGGCGGGCGUGGGGUUCUCCUACGCAGCCAACGACACGAACAACAACGACAACGUUGGUGAUAGGAGGACGGCUGAGGACACGUUCGUCUUCCUGCUCAACUGGCUAGAGAGGUUCCCCGAAUACAAGGGCCGUGAUUUCUACAUCGCUGGCGAGAGCUACGGCGGUCACUACGUCCCGCAACUCGCCACUGUCAUCGAAUUCAUGAACCAGCUCCAUGGAAGCACCCUCAUAAACCUUCGUGGCAUCUUCGUUGGCAACCCGUACCUCGACGACUACAAGAACGAGAAGGGGGAACUGGAGUUUUUGUGGAGCCACGGGGUGAUCUCCGACGAGGGGUGGGCCGGUAUUCUCGCCAACUGCAGCUUCAGCCCGUCCGACGACUGGCCGUGCACCGUGGCGGCGCUAAAGCCCCGGAAGGGUCAUUUCGACCAUUACAACAUAUAUGCCCCGCUAUGCCUUCAGGAGCCGCUCACCGGCACUUUCUACUCCAGCAGCUACCUUGCUGGCUACGACCCGUGCGCCGAUCACUACGUCGAGGCUUACAUGAACAAUCUCGUUGUCCAAGAAGCUAUGCACACCAGGGCCAACACGAGUUGGUCAAGUUGCAGUGAAGACGUGGGGUUGGAAUAUAACCCUGGGCCAGUUUCCGUGGUGCCAACCAUCAGCAGGCUGAUCAAACGCGGUCUAAGCGUAUGGAUCUUCAGCGGCGAUAUGGAUUCCGUAUGCUCGAUCAGUGCGACCAGGUUCUCCGUUCACGAUCUUAACUUACCCAUCACUAGCCCAUGGCGCCCAUGGUACACACCAGACACCGAGGUUGGUGGCUAUGUUCAGCAGUACAGUGGAGGCUUCACGUUUGCAUCUGUUAGGGGAGCUGGUCAUACGGUGCCCACUUUCCAGCCAAAGAGAGCGCUUGUUCUGCUCUACUCCUUCCUCAAGGGCAUGCUCCCACCUGAUGACAUCCCAAAUUAAAUUGGAAAUGCUUUCACAUGUUCAAGAUGUGUCUGAUUGGAAUGGUGUUCCUCCUUCCUUACAAUAAAUUGUUUCUCAAUUACAAACAGUUUAAUUUGAAAGUAUGUAUAAGACAUA